AACUGAGUUAAUAAGAUGAGCUACUUCUGUAGCUAGACGUCGUUUCUGAUUUGAGGACAAAAAUAAACUGGCCCAAGUCAAUUUAAAAUUAUCUACGUACAAAUUAGUAUCAAAGAAAUUGAUACAGUCGGAUUUACAACAUGCAUUGUACAUUAUUUUAUUUAGGCUACAUGUCAUAUAAUUGCAUUUGUCGGGCAGUGUGCAUGAGUAAGGAAAUGCACAAACAAAUACAUGUUUAGCAGGAAGGCCUUCUAAUAUAGCAAAACUUCUAUGUAUGUCAGACUUUGACACCCCUAAACUAUUUCCCACCAUAAUAAAUAUAGUUGUUUUGUCAGUGUGUGACCUCUCUGAAAUCAAUUUAACUAUUUGUCCGAAUGUAAGUUCUGGGUAACAAUAAUUAACAACUUUUCCAUUUACAUGAUUACCCAACAUGUGCCCAAAAUCCUUGCCAAGCCUAUCGGAAUAUACAACUGUGCUGUAAUCCUCGCUUGAACUGCUACUACUUGUAGUAAGCCUUGUCAAGGAAGUGGGUGCCAUCUUAGGUAACUGCUUAUUGCCUACUAUUCUACUAGCUGCCUGAGCAUAGGUGGGUUUCCUAUGUAAUUUCUUAGUGGAGGCCUGAAAAACAUCUGCUGCCGCCGAUGCGCUCUGGAUGACCCCUGAGGAUGGCGCGGCCGUCGGGAGGCUGGUGGUGGCCGCCAGGAGUCUGGUGGUGGCCCUCGGGAGGAUGGUGGUGGUCCCCGAGAGUCCGGUGGUGGUCCUCGAGAGACCAGUGGUGAGUCCAGUGGUGGCCAACGGGAUGCUGGUGGUGGCCGCCAGGAGUCUGGUGGUGGCCCUCGGGAGACCAGUGGUGAGUUCAGUGGUGGCCAACGGGAUGCUAUUUGUGGCCUCCGAGGUGGUGGUGGUGGCCUCCGGAGAUGCGGUAGAGGCUUCAGCAGAUGAAGACUUCUCCGGCAGCAUCUCAACCCGAACUAAGCCCACACUUCUCAGCACCAGCAGCUGGUUUUCAUACUCCACAGUUCUCUGGUCUAGGGCAGACUUCAAUGUGGCCAGCCUAGACUGUAGCAUAGCCAUGUUGAACUCGCACUCUUGGUUGUUGUCUGCGAGUUUCUGGUUGUAGUCCGACAUCUCUUCUUCAUAUUUAUUCACCAGUAGUUGUAGUCUCACUCUAUCCUUUUUCAAUGGAAGGUGCGUCUUAUGCUUUUUCAAUGCUCGCUCAGACUUCCUAAUAUAUUUAUUUAUUUUAAUAUAUUUUUUAAGCCUGUUUGCACCUUUGAUAUUGAUUGAUUUUCUUGGAGUGGUGAGGUCUAUUGUUGGCAUAGGGGUGUGAUGUAGGGUGACUAAUUCAUCGUACAAUGCCAUUGUCUUAUUUGUUUCUUCGCUUGCAUGUGCUUCAUUUAUUUGCUGGAUUUCUGUGUGUGCUUCAGCCAGUUGAUUCUCCAGGCUGCAGAUCUUUGUCAAGGCAGCUUCAUGUAAAUCCUGACACUCUGUGUUUGAUCUCAGUACAAUCUCCAGCUCAUCACAUUUGCCUUGUAAGUCUUGGUAUUGAAUGUCCAUUUCAGCGAUGACAUUCUUUAAGUCGGUGUUCUUUUUCAAAAGGGAAUCGAAUUCCUUUUCGUUGUCCUCCCGCUCUGCCAUCAGUUGGCUUGAGAGGUCACGAGACGCCUUGAGAUCCUCCAAAGCUGUCCUCAGCUGGAUCUCCAGGUCACGGCUCUGCACCUUCCGGGUCGUCAUCCUCGACAUGUCUGAAACCACCCGGGGUUACCCGUUAGUAUGUUGAUAGGUAGAAUUGAGAGGAUGCUUAUCCAAGAUAUAUACAAAAUAACCCUCUUUAGGUAUAACUUGAUCAAACCAGAUACCAAUAGGUUAUAAUAAUUAAAGUAUAUUGUAAGUCUAUGUAAAAAUGAUCAAAAGGUAACUUAUUUGUUAGUUAUCAUAUACAAUGUAGUCAUGAACACAAAGUAUGGGUGGGGAGGGAGUAAUAUGCUUAAUAUGUUACUUAAUGAAUAAGUAUUCAGUGGUAUUAUUGACUUAGAAUUAUGUAAACUUUAAGCCAAAAAACAAUCACUUGAUCAUUAUUCAAUGAAGUACUAAUAGCAAUUAAGUAGGUGGAGACUAUGGUAUAGUAAGAAUAGGCAAUAAGGGAUACAAAAGCUAAUAGAAAGUUUGAAAAUUAGAAAUGAAAACAACAAAGUUUGAAAAUGACAAAGUCUAAAAGUGGGUUAAGGAAGUGUGAAAAACAUCUCACGUAUGCAGCAAACUAAUGAAUAAUGAUUAAAUAAUUUAGUGAUUAUGAUUUUAAAUGAGUAAUACUAGUAAAAAUAUGUAAUUUUAACAAUACUCCCCUGAUAGAUAUCCGUUGGCAAAUUCGAACUUUGACAGGUGCCGCUGCUUCAAA